ACAAUGUCAAACUUGUGAUCAUCUGCAAGUAAAUAACCCUCAAGUACCGUAGUACCUACACCAAGAUCAGACGAGUUCUGGGCGUUGGACUACAAUAUUUGUCUGAACACAAAGUGAAAACUAAAGCAACCACUAUCAUAAAUAAAAGUCAAAGUGUAUAAAGUGCGUCGAUUCAUCGUUCAACCUGAAAUGCUAGGCCUACGCCAGUGCUGGCUAUCUCGGGAAGAGUGCAUGGUACGCUCUGGCAAUUGAGGUCUAAGAUAGAAUUUAUCGCAUCUACUCGCUUGCGCUCGCGCUCCUCGCUGGUUCAUAUUUGACGUCCGGAAAUCUGAACAUAUUAGCCCGUACUACCGUACGCUUGGAUGGCUCCAUUUAGCAGAUUGACUUGCAGAAUGUUCGCCUUCGAGGCGUUUGUCGCCAUCACGUCAACCAGCCUCAUCAUUUUCACGACCUCGCCGUCUUCCUGCGUAAAUCCCGAGCUGGGAAUCGUGAUUUUUGCAAACGUCCUCUUCAGACACGGAGACCGGACACCGAUCGCUCCCUAUCCCACCGAUCCUUGGGGCAACGAAUCCUUCUGGCCUGUACCCUUCGGUGAACUGACCAACAUUGGAAAACAUCGGCAUCUCGUGCUCGGACGCUGGUUAAGACAGAAUUAUUUCUAUCUUCUGCCGAGACAUUAUAGUCCCCAUGAUAUAUAUGUACAAAGUACGGACGUUGACAGGACGCUGAUGUCCGCACAGGCUACUUUGGCUGGUCUUUACCCACCUGGUGGAGAUCAAGUUUGGGGCGAACUUGAAUGGAUGCCUAUACCUGUCCAUACUAUGCCCGUGUGUAAUGACAUCCUGCUGACGUGCGGAAAUUACUGUCCAAAAUAUGAAAAGGAGUUGCGAAAUGUUAUGAAUUCCCCUGAGGUCAGGAAAAUUGACGAUGACAACAAAGAGCUGUACGAUUAUUUGAGGAAAAACACUGGUUAUUUGGUUCAAUCUGUCAAUGACGUUGCGACCAUAUAUGAUACGCUUCAUAUUCAGGUUCUGUAUAACCGCACUUUGCCCGAGUGGACAAAAUCUGUAUAUCCAGAUAAAUUAAAAGCUGUCGCCGAAGUCAGUUACACUAUACCAACUCGCAAUAAAAUACUCCAAAGAUUGUAUUCAGGACGAUUAUUAGGUGAAAUGGUAGAUCACCUAGUAAAAAAAGCAAACAAUACGCUGACCCCGAAUAGAAAACUAUGGAUAUACAGCGCCCAUGAUACCACAGUGGCAAACCUUUUAACGACGCUAAAUGUAUUCGAGCCACACGUUCCCCCGUACUCGGCGACUGUCCUCGUGGAAUUGAGAAUUAAGGAUGUGGAUAAUUUUGUUGUGACGGUUUCGUACAAGAAUACGUCCGCUGAACCGAUACAGUUAAAAUUGCCAAACUGCGGAGUCGCGUGUCCAUUAGAUAAAUUCGUAAAAUUGACUGAAGAUGUGAUACCAAAAAAUUGGGCGAAGGAAUGUCUUUUAGACAGCACAGAUUACAAAAAUUAAUAAACGGUAUUUCAGCACGAGCACAACUUAGUGCUAAAUGCAUUAAUACAAAUUCAACUUACAAUUAGCAACAAGGAAGAAAACUAAUUUGCCCUUGUUGUCGGCCUGAAAAGUGCAUUUCCCUCUGUACCACAUCAUCUAUUAUAGACAAAAUUAACUAUGAUUGGAUGGAGUCACGUAAUUAUUGACAUAAUAAGAAAAUUUUAUGACUAAGCGACAAUGACGGUAAAGACCAGUGGAGGUAACUCUGCGGAAAUCCCUAUCACCGUCAGAGUUGUUGACGACACAAAUGGAUUCGAAUUUAUUUUGUUUGAUUGUCCCUUUUACCUUUUUAUUUGUUCUUUUAAUAAUUAAAUUAAUGAAAAUAA